GGCGUUUCCCGCUAAAACCAUUUCCUCUCCAAUCACUAUAUUUCUGCUUCUGCCGCUACCUCCAUUUUCAUGCCCAACAACCACUACCAAAUCUUAGACAUCUUUGAUCUGCUUUCCCGGUAAAACAACAGAAAAUGCCAUCAAUCGCCGGUGGUAGAUCGUCGCCCAUGUCAAUUGUCGGCGCCGACGUAUCUUCGCCUCAGAAACGGCGGUUGAGAUCUAAUUCAGGUUUAUCGGACGAUCCUGUUUUCAGUACUCCACCCAAGCCAUGCUCUCCGUUGAAAACUAAAUCUCCUCGUCGAUGCGUCGAUGAUAGUCCCAAUAAAAGUCGAACAAAUGUGAAUGAAACGGCGUCUACUGAUAAUAUCACGAAAAUGAGGAAAUCCCCAAAGAAAAAGUUGUUGGAUAGUUUCCUGGAUAAACCGAUCUGGAAUCCAACAGAUUCUGAGCAAUUAAGUGCGGUGAAGGAGGCUUUACAUGUAUCCACAGCUCCAUCUGUACCAGUAUGCAGAGAGGAUGAACAGAAACGGAUAGUGGAGUUCUGUAAACAAUCCAUUGAGCAAGAGAAGGCUGGGAGCUUGUAUGUAUGUGGGUGCCCAGGGACUGGAAAAUCACUUUCCAUGGAAAACGUGAAGAAGUCUCUGGCUGUUUGGGCUAAAGAGACAGGAGGUCAAUUCCCAGAAAUUUUGGGCAUAAACUGUACCUCUCUCUCAACUACUUCAGAAAUUUUCAACAAGAUACUUGGAAAGAGUCAACCACAUAAGAAGGUCCACAAUCGUUCUACACCCUUAAGACAAAUUCAACAAUUAUAUUCUCAAAAGCAACAGUCAUCUGGAACAAAAAUGAUGUUGGUUAUUGCUGAUGAAUUGGAUUACUUGAUUACAAAGGACCGGGUGGUGCUCCAUGAUCUAUUUAUGCUAACAACAUUGCCCUUUUCAAAAAUUAUAUUGAUAGGUAUAGCUAAUGCAAUUGACUUAGCAGAUCGUUUUCUUCCAAAACUACAAUCUCUAAAUUGCAAACCAAUGGUUUUGUCUUUUCGAGCAUACACCAUGGAUCAGAUCAUCAUGAUUCUCAAACAACGGCUAAUGGCACUUCCUUACACUGUUUUCCAGCCACAAGCACUGGAACUUUGUGCAAGAAAAGUUGCAGCUUCAUCUGGAGAUAUGAGGAAAGCUCUUGGUAUCUGCAGGGGUGCAAUUGAGAGGCUGGAAAUAGAGCUCAGAGAAUCUACUUCCACUUCAAAUCUGUCCUCCAUGGUGAGGGUUGACCACAUGGCUAUUGCUUUAUCAAGGGCUUACAAAUCACCAAUAGUUGACACAAUACAAUCCCUUCCCCAACAUCAACAGAUUGUACUAUGUUCUGCUGUGAAGCUUUUCCGAAAGGGAAAGAAGGAUACAACAAUAGGAGAGUUGAACAAGUUUUAUAUAGAAGUGUGCAAGUCAACAUUGAUACCACCUGUUGGAAUAAUGGAACUUUCAUGCAUGUGUAGAGUCCUAGGUGAUCAGGGAAUCCUGAAACUCGGUCAAUCUAGAGAUGAUAAAUUAAAGAGAGUCACAUUGCAAGUAGAGGAAGCAGACAUCAUUUUUGCAUUACAGGGCAUCCGUUUCUUUCACAACUGUCUUCAAAACAAUCAAUGGUUGUAAUCUUCUAUAUCUUGUAAACUGUUCACCAAUGAUGGAUGCAUGGAACAACACAACAUGAGCUGAACUUCCAAAUGUUAACAUUUAUUCCUUGUUAUAUUAUAUAUAUAUAGAUGGUGUUAUACAAAAGGCAACGCAUUACAGAAAACAAUUUUUUUUUUUUUUAAUUUGGUCUAUAAUUCUUUCUGAGGUAAUGUUAUGCCUAAACCAGUUGG